GCGUAGCUUGUUGCUACCUGCUAAGAGCAUCAUCGACAUCCACCGUGAUUCCGUAAACGCUCAGCACCACGUCGACCCGCCGGAAGCUCUACGUACUUUUUGUCUCCCGUCUGUAGCAGUGGCAAGCGUAGAAGCGGGCAGCUCACAAUCACAAUCACAGCCAUGUCGUCCCCGUUCUCGAUAAACGGCGGCGCCUGCGUGGCCAUGGUCGGCAAGGACUGCGUGGCCAUUGCGUGCGACCUGCGGCUCGGGAUGCAGGCGCUCACCGUGUCCAACAACUUCCCCAAGGUGUUCCAGUACGGCGACGUGUUCCUGGGGCUGACGGGGCUCGCGACGGACGUGGCGACGGUGUCGGACCUGUUCCGCUACAAGGUCAACAUGUACCGCCUGCGCGAGGAGCGCAACAUAUCGCCGCAGACCAUGGCCAACCUCGUCUCGUCGUCGCUGUACGAGAAGCGCUUCGGCCCGUACUUUAUCAGCCCCGUCAUUGCGGGCAUCAACCAGACGACGGGCAAGCCGUUCAUCUGCGGCUUCGACAGCAUCGGCUGCAUCGACUUUGCCAAGGACUUCAUCGUCAGCGGCACCGCGAGCGACCAGCUGUUCGGCACAUGCGAGGGGCUGUGGGAGCCGGAUCUGGGCCCGGACGACCUCUUCGAGACGGUCUCGCAAGCGCUGCUCAACGCCGUCGACCGCGACGCGCUGUCCGGCUGGGGCGCGCACGUGUACAUUAUCGAAAAGGACAAGGUGACCAAGCGGCUGCUGAAGGGCAGGCAGGAUUAGACGGUGGACGAAUGCACGAACACGACGACACGACAAGGCACCAGGGCGUCAAGGCACCAACGCACCAGGGCAUCAAGGCACCAAGGCAUCGAGACAUCAAGGCAUCAAGGCAUCAAGGCAUCAAGGGUAGACUGCAAUAGACUGGCUGCCCGUGCAAUGACUGAGAAUGGUGCUG